ACGUCUCGGGGCCCGGGUCGCGGUUCCCGGCACCUGACGCUGGGAGCGUCGGCAUCCCAGGCUGGUUUGGACCUCCUCGUUGCACUGGGGAAAGCGUUUGGUAUUUUGCUAGGGCUUCUGGUCUCUGUGUUUAUAGCUAGAUGUCGCUACCCUAUUUCCGGGACGGGAGAGGGCGGCCGGGUCCUAGUGCCGGCUAGAUACCCGGGGCUCGGAGCUGUAGGGCGGGCGGAAGGUGAGGCCCAGCUAAGACUGACUUAGCUCCUCGAAGCUGCCCGCUGGGCGCCGAUGGCCGGACGCUUCCUGGGAAAGGCUUUAGCCACCGUGUCUCUCUCUGUGGCCUUGGCCUCUGUGACUGUCAGGUCUUCGAGUUGCCGCAGCGCCCCGGCGUACAGGUAUUACCCCUCNUCCUGUUGGUUUCAUCUUAGUACCGGCACCAUGUCUGGUUCUAACGGUUCCAAAGAGAAUUCCCACAACAAGGCUCGGACAUCUCCUUACCCAGGUUCAAAAGUUGAACGAAGCCAAGUUCCUAAUGAGAAAGUGGGGUGGCUCGUUGAGUGGCAGGACUAUAAUCCUGUUGAAUAUACUGCCCUCUCUGUCUUAGCUGGACCCAGGUGGGCAGAUCCUCAGAUCAGUAUUCACAGGUGGAAAAGAGAUAGCAGUGGAAAUAAAAUCACCCAUCCGGUUUCUGGGAAACACAUCUUACAGUUUGUUGCAAUAAAAAGGAAAGACUGUGGAGAAUGGGCAAUCCCAGGGGGGAUGGUGGAUCCAGGAGAGAAGAUUAGUGCCACACUGAAAAGAGAAUUCGGUGAGGAAGCUCUCAACUCCUUGCAGAAAUCUAGUGCAGAGAAGAGAGAAAUAGAGGAACAGUUGCACAAACUCUUCAGCCAAGAACAUCUCGUGAUAUAUAAGGGAUAUGUUGAUGAUCCUCGAAACACUGAUAAUGCAUGGAUGGAGACAGAAGCUGUGAAUUACCAUGAUGAAACAGGUGAGGUAAUGGAUAAUCUUACCCUAGAAGCUGGAGAUGAUGCUGGAAAAGUGAAAUGGGUCGACAUCAGCGAGAAGCUCAAGCUUUACGCCAGUCACUCUCAGUUCAUCAAACUAGUGACAGAGAAACGAGAUGCGCACUGGAGUGAGGGCUCUGAAGCUGACUGCCGGGGGGUAUAGCUCCUGGUCUCUGCAGAAGCCAAAAGCCCACAAAGGAGCAGGUGCUGAAAGGAGGCAGGGUCACCCAACUUAGGGCGGCCACUGGGCCUGUUCACUUUCAAAAUGAUUUACAUUUAGAGGGGUUUCCAUCAGAAUAAAAAUUAAUAAAUAUGAUGAAACAAAACACAGAAUUUUCAGCUUUCUGGUCAAAGGAACAUAAAUGGUCAUAUUUUGUAUGUAUUCUGUGUAAGCAUGGCUUCAACGAAAUUUAAACAAUUGAUGCUCUCGGAUGAAUCAUAAUCAGAAUAAAGACAAAUUCUUGAUCA